AUGUUAGGUGCGGUGCAGUUGGGGCUGUUAGCGGCGUGUGUGGUUCUCUUUGUGCCUAUGGGUAUGGCGGGGUGGCACUUGAGCCGCAACAAGGUUCUCUUCUUCAGUGGUGCACUUUUCAUCACUCUCGCUGUUGGGGUUCACCUCACACCUUAUUUCCCUUCGGUUUCUGAUUUCGUAUCAUCGGUUCACUCUUCUUCUGUUAACGUUGUCGUGGACGAUCGCGAUUCGUGUGUUUCGAUGCUUCAUGAAAUUGUCUGGGAGGUGAGGCCGAGGGUGUUUGACUCUGACCCUUUGAAUAACAAUUCCUUGAAUUACGAAAAGUCUUGGUCGUGGAAGAGAUCGGGUUCUGUUGAGUCGUGUGAGUUCGAGAGGCUCACACGGCACGACGUUUCGGUUUUGCUUAAUGGGUCUUGGGUUGUGGUGGCGGGGGAUUCGCAAGCUCGAAUCUUCGCGCUUUCGUUGUUGAGUUUGGUUCUGGACUCGGAAGGUAUGGAGUCUGUUAAAGGUUCUCUGUUCAAGCGGCAUAGUGACUAUCACACUGUGGUGGAUGAGAUGGGGAUGAAGUUGGAUUUCAUGUGGGCACCUUAUGUCACCAAUUUGACAGGUUUGGUUGCCGAGUUCAAGAGGAAUCGCGUUUAUCCUGAUCUUUUGGUGAUGAGUUCUGGAUUGUGGCACAUGCUGCACUUCACGAAUGCUUCGGAUUAUGGUACGUCUCUGGGAGUUUUGAGGAGUUUGGUGACUUCACUGUUGCCUGUGUCCUCCGAAAUUGACAAUGAUGAGGGUGUGGCGAGUUCUGUGGCGAUUAGAUCGCCACACCUGUUUUGGCUGGGGAUGCCAACUUUGGUGAACUCCAUGUUGAAUACAAAGGAGAAGAGGGAGAAGAUGAAUGAUCUAGUGUGGGGAGAAUAUGAGAGAGAGAUUAAGGGAAGUGGCAUGUUGAGGCAGUUUGGGGGUCCACUUCAACUACUGGAUAUUGGGUCAUUGAGUUGGAAUUGUGGGAUCAGGUGUACAGAUGAUGGGAUGCAUUAUCAUGGGGUAGUUUAUGAGGCUGGGGUUCACAUUAUGUUGAAUGCAUUGCUUAUUGAAUCUCAUCAGAAGGUAUGA